AAUGGAAAAAUUACAAAUAAACAGAACGCCAAACAAACAACAAAAAUCUGAAAAUGUUGGAGGAUUAACUGCAGCAACUACAGCUAGCAGUAGUCGAAGACCCUCAACUAGCGGGCAACAACAACCCCAACAAAAAAUAAUUUUAAAACCUCCCAGACCCCCAGUACCCCCACCUUUACCUGCUAGAAGAAGAAAAUCUCUUUUAUUAAAUUCUACAGUAAUUAAUUCGAAUAUAGUUAAUAAUGAUGGAAGAAUAAGGGAAGAACAAGCUUCAGACCAGAUGGAUUUUGGAUUAAUAAAGCAACCACCAACAACAACAACAGGAGGAUUACCCUCAACCUCUCCACGUAUGAGACGUUUUGCUGAAAGAUUGGCAGUUAUCCAAAUUUCCCUCGACCCUCCUAGCCCUCCAGAAUUUGCACUUCAAUCGCCUGAUGAAAAUUCAGGAAGAGCUCCAGUCCCUUUUUGGGCACAACCUGGAUAUGAAAAUUAUUUUAGGCCAAUUGAGGAUUCCUUGUUGUUACAGGUCCCCAGAGUUUUGGACCAAGACGAUGCCGACCCAAUGCGUGAAUGUUCUCCUCCACCUCGACGAUGUUCUUACGCCUCUACAGUUAGUGAAAACUCUUCAAUCUCAUUAAAUACUUCUUAUCAAUCCCUCCUAUUUUCUCCACUCAUUUGCUGUCCAGAUCAAUGCGUUUCUGUUAGAUCAAGAUCCAGCACUUGUUGCUCAGAAUGCGAAGCAGAUACACCACCAACAAACGAAUCAGAAUUUGUUUUUUCUCAACAACAACAACAAAAUAAAGGGCAAGAUGAAAAUCACCGUUCUAAACGUGUCAGUGUUUGUCACUGUAACUGUCAACAAUUAUUAAUUCAACAAAAAAGACAACAAAGACAACGCCGUUCACACAGUGCUGUGUCAACACCUUGCGAACCAGUCUCUCCAUCCCCAACAGUACUUUUGUCGCCUGUUCUUCUAUCACGGCCUAUACGUUCACAGAGUGCUCAUUCACCCAACUUCCUUCGUAAUUUUGGGGCUGUAGGUGGUGGACAACAACAACAAAUGUUACAACAUUCUGAUUCUGUAAGGAAUUUUAAAAAAGAAAUUUUUGGGGGGAUUUUUUUUAAAGAGCACUGA